AUGCCAUCCGCCGCUGCCAAAUCCAAGGCGUACUCGAACCCCGUCGCAACUCAAGCCGAUGAUGUCAAGUACCGUCAGAAGUACAAGGAGUUGAAGGCGAAGCUUGCCGAGAUCGAGGAGGACAAUACAAAGCUGUCAGUGAAGAUUCUGAAGAGCAAAAAGGCGAUCCAGCGGUUGCGGAUAGAGCGGUCCAUCCUGUACGACCGACUGCAAGGCACCGUCGCGCCCACGAACCCCUACGCCCUGCACACCGUCACCCACCUCUCCAACCUCGCCGCCUCUUCUUCCUCCGCACCCUCCGACCCCUCCGCCCCUCCCUCAAUCCUCGCACCACCAUCCUACGCCCUCACAGACCCCGCAGCACCCUCUCUCUUCCUCCGCCAGCUCGACGCGCAGAAACUCGCGGCAUUGCAGCAUGCGGCUGUACCGACGGAGUAUGGGGAGAAACCGCUUGAGGGCGUUGUGGGUGAGCAGCAGGCGCAGAGGGAUCAUAAAGCGUUGUUGACUGCUGGAGGAGCGGUGAACGGGCGCGCGCAGGCGGGACAAGCGCAGGGACAGGUGCAUGGUUCGGCAAUGCAUGCGCCGGGCGCGCCGCAUGCUGCCGUACCGCAGGCUGUCGAGGAAAAGAUGCGAGGUCGAGGACGGCGAGGACGAGGGGAAGGGCGUGUGGGCUCGCUAUGA